CUUAAAUUUCCUUGUUAGGUCUUUGAAUUGAAUUAUCAACAUAAAUUUUUCUCGUAUAUAAACUUCCCAAAUAUUUUUUUCCUUAUUAACACAAGACGCGACUCUUCAAGGUUUCUCUAUUUUAUUCCUUCCUCCAACAAAAUAGAGUAACACACCAAACCAAACCAAAAAUCUCGUAGUAUCAAAAACAUGAAGAACUGGGUUCGAGGUAAGAUGCUAGGUAGUGGCACCUUCGCCACCGUCAACUUAGCCACACACCCACAGAAUUCCGGUAUCUUUCCGUCUCUCACCGCAGUCAAAACCUCUGAUACUUACGGCUCCCAUUUUCUCAUAAACGAGAAACAAAUACUUGAAAGUUUAGGAUCAUCCCCACAUAUUAUUAAGUAUUUUGGUCAUGAUCAAACUUUCGAAAAUGGUGAAGAGUGUUAUAAUAUUUUUCUAGAAUAUGCUGCUGGCGGUACUCUCUCCGAUCAACUCAAGAAUCAUGGUGGUAAGUUACCAGAGAAUCUCGUUCGGCGUUACACAAGAUCAGUCGUUCAAGGACUCAAACAUGUUCAUGAAAAUGGUUUUGUUCACUGCGAUGUGAAGCUACAAAACAUUCUUGUAUUUGAGAAUGACGAAGUUAAGAUUUCGGAUUUUGGCCUUGCUAAGGAGAAAGGUCUAAAACAUGGUGGAAAAUUGGAAUGUAGGGGAACUCCAUUGUAUAUGUCACCAGAAGCGGUGAACGAGAGUGUUUAUGAAUCACCGGCAGAUAUAUGGGCUCUUGGUUGCGCUAUUGUGGAGAUGGCUACGGGUAAACAUGCAUGGAAUGUAAGCAGCGGUUCAAAUAUGUGGUCGUUGUUAAUUCGAAUUGGGGCAGAAGACGAAUCACCGUUGAUUCCAGAUGAAUUAUCACAAGUCGGAAAAGAUUUUCUCGAAAAGUGUUUCAUCAAGGAUCCUUCAAAAAGAUGGACGGCAGAGAUGCUUUUGAAACAUGAGUUUAUCUCAGGUGAUGAAACUGUUUCAUUGGUGAAAGAGUUGAUCAAUGAGUUGCCAUUGUCAAUAUCACCAUCUCCGAGAACUCACUUCGAUUUUCCUCAUUGGGCUUCUUCUAGUGUUACGACUUUGCCUCCUGAUGCAAAGGAAGUAUGUGAACUGAAAUUUGAGCAAGGUUUUUGUUCACCGGGCGAGAGUCUUCAACGACUAGUCACAAAUGAAAGACCGUUAGAUUGGUCAGAAUCCGAUGCUUGGUGUUUUGUUCGGUCAAAUUAAAAUUUUGUUCCUUUUGUUUUUUAAGCUAGAACAGUUAUAAUAGUAUAAAGAUUCAUUGUUUUGACGCCACCUUGGCAAGUGAAUAUACCGAAAUUGAUUUGUUCUUUUA